UAGCUGAUAUUUGGCCAUGAAUUUCUCGUGUACUCACGUAAGGUUGGUUAACUACUUUUAAAUUGGUCGGUGCCACCACCUUUGCAAGUUCAGUAUGAAAUCGGAACAUUCUUAUCUGUGACUAUUUGUUCAAAGAGGCAGCGUUAGCUUUAUUUGCACUUUCUGGCCACAGGACUCCGAGUAAGAUAGCGGGAAGACAAAAUCAGUUGAUGUUGCACUGAGAAAGCAUGACGAAGUUCAAUGGGAUUAUACGGUUUGUUCUCAGUGUUCUAUUCCUAGUGCUCGUUCUCAUGUUUUUCUGGACCAAUCCGCGAACCCAUACCAACUUCCAUGUGAAUAGCUAUCUGACAGCUCUGGGAUCUAAUUGGACGGUUGGUCGUUGUCAUCAUCACGAUGGAAAAUGGAAAGUGGAGUCUGAUAUCACCUGGAUCUCCAGGGUCGUAUAUCAUAGCCAGGAUGACACGUGUUUUAGGAUUAAAAACAACCAAAGCAACAAUGCCGGUCUGUUGAUGAAAGAAGACAACCUCCUGGAAAUUACUUAUUCCAAAUUGGAUAACAUUCGCAAAGUGAGCGGUACUACAAGGAUAAUCCGUGGACAACAGAAAUUCCAACGCUUCAGUGACACAAGUAUAACUUUGCCUAUGAUAAUCGAGGAGGUUAGAUUUGUGAGAGAUCCUCAAGAAGAACUUGUGCCGAAGUUCCUUCCGAUUCGAAGACAAAAAGCUUUUAUAAUGGCGCCAGCCACUCCUGAGGAAUACCUCCAUUGGGAGCCAAAAGCGUUGAGUGAAUUUAACUUUGUCCUUUUUCCGCAUUACAACGUCUCGAAUGCCAUUCUCAUGCAAGCCCUUUUUUACGGAGCGAUUCCAGUAUUCACUGAAACCUUCAGUCUACCAUUGGCUGAAGUAUUGGACUGGACCAAGUUGUCCAUCACCCUUUCUCCGACCAAUCUCAAGGAUGCCAUUGCUCGGGUUUCCAAAGUCCGAACAAGGACCAUUUUAGAAAUGAGGAGACAAGGAUUCCACAUAUUUCGAGCCUAUUUCAGUUCUAUUCCCAACAUUUUGGACGCCUUAUGUCUCAUUAUUAUGAGGCGACUCGAUCUCAUUCCGCCAAUGUUUAAUAGGACAGAAUCGUUUGAUUUGAUACAACACCAAAGAUUAACACCGUCAAGCAUCUCACGGAGUCCUUUUGAUCCCCAUGAAGACUACUUCCUGUGGAAUGUAGCCUAUCAUCCUUGGGUUCGAGCACCCUGUUAUCCCGGGACUCACCAAAGAAAUAUUCCAAAGUGGUAUGAGGAAACAUUCGUCAAUGAUUCUCAGGACUUCCAAACCAAGUAUACGCCCGUGUUCAUGACUUACAAGAGAACAAAUUUGAUGCACGAACUUCUGAUCUUGUUGAACGGAACCCGUUGUAUUGAUCAAGUGAUUGUGAUAUGGAACGAUGUGGGUAACCCAGUGCCCGGAACUUUCCAGUUGCCCGACACAUAUUUCCCGGUGCGAAUUCUGAGAGCGGAUCAGAACUCACUCAACAAUCGACUCCUUCCAUUUGAUAUUAUCAACACUGAAGCCAUAUUUUUGAUGGAUGACGACACCCGAGUUCCCGAUCCUUUGACCUUAGAUCAUGGAUUUCAGAUUUGGAAAGAGCACAAGGAUCAAAUGGUUGGAAUAUCGCCUCGAACGACGGCCCCCGAUGCCAAAGGAGUUUAUAGCUAUAAGGCUGGCCGUGCUCAAGAUAUUGCACUGACUCUCACGAGUGCCACAUUCGUCCACCAAUAUUAUGCUUACUCUUACACAUAUCAAAUGCCGCAGAAGAUUCGAGAUGAAGUUGAUAAACACACGAAUUGCGAAGAUAUUUUCAUGGGUGGAUUGAUUUCCGAUUUCACAGCCAAGGCACCUGUGAAAUUCUCAAAGAUAAUUGAGGUCACUUGUACAAAAUGUGAUAAAGGUGCAUCUAUUUCGACCACUAGCGGCCACUAUGAACGACGACAGAAGUGCAUCAACAAGUUGAUACAUUUCUACGGAUACAUGCCGUUGGUUUCGACCAUCUCAUUUGUGGAUGUUUUGCAGCCAUAGGACCACGUACAUUUGCAAGCUUGUGAAUCCCAUCUCAGGACCAAGGAUAUCAAUAUCAGUAAUCAAUUAGCUCAGUUUCAUUUUCAUACCCAAGAUUUCCAGGAAAUUUAUCACAAUGGAAAUACAAUUGUGUUGCCUCGUUUUGGAAAAUGGUAUAAUAUAGUAAUAAUAUUAUAAAGAAUUAUAUUUUGUGGUUUA